AUGCUUUGGACUCUGCCCAGUUGGUGCUGGGCGGAAGAAGCGGCGAUGUUGCUGGUGCCGGCGCUGCAGACCGGGGGAGAAAUGGCCAGGCGCGGAGGUCGUGCCCUCCUCUGCAAGGAGCUCCAUGCCCGCAUCUGCUCCUGCUGGGCGCCCGCUUCUCCGCCUGCCAGCAGCCAAGGCGGGAAAGCCUAUGCGCCGACAAGCUGCAAGGCUGGUUACCCUGGGUUCAGCAGCGACUCCUGGUGCAGGCGGCAGCCAGGGGCUAUUCUGUCACGGUUUCCUCGCAGGCGGUUGGGCGUAGGCACCACCCUGGUGUCCUCUGGGCACGGUUACCGCAGCCGGGUAUUUAAAGCCUGCAUGGAUCAACUCACACCUUGGGAUCCGUGCCAGGGACUUGGUGCUUGCCUGGACCUACCACGCUGUUGGUACCAGGGUGUUGGCAUCCUUCUGAGCCAUCCCACGCAAAAGGGUCCGUGUUGGACCUUUUGCAGCAGCUUAGCCCACCCAAGCUCUACUCGCCAGCCUCUUAGGGCCAGCCUCAGGGCCCCUUGGCUUAUGAGGAUCCUGAUAAGGACAUACAGCUGGUCAGGCACUGGGCAACAUUGUGCCAGUCUACCUUGGUACCCCAAGCAGCCGGCUUCUUCCCUUGUCCCUGCUCCAAGAGUGGGCAAGCAUAGUUACCAUGCCAGUCGCCCAGCAGGGACUGAGUGCCACGUGGUGGAUCUGCGCAGUGACACUGUGACUCGGCCAAGCCCCGAGAUGAGGCAAGCUAUGGCCCAGGCAGAGGUGGGGGAUGAUGACUACGGGGAGGACCCCACGGUCAAUGAGCUGCAGAGAGUAGUGGCUGAUCUCCUUGGAAUGGAAGGGGCUUUGUUUGUUCCCACAGCCACCAUGGCAAACCUCAUUGCUGUCAUGUGCCACUGUCACAGGCGAGGGGCGCAGCUCCUGCUUGGGAGGGAGUCCCACAUCCAUGUGUAUGAGCACGGAGGUACUGCACAGGUGGCGGGGGUCCAUUCAGAGGCAUUACAGGACCUGCCCAACGGGACCAUCGAUCUGGAUGAACUGGAGCAGAAGAUCCAGCGGGCCCACCAAAGCCAGUACCACCCCUGCCCUGAGCUCAUUUCCCUUGAGAACACGCACAGCUCGGCCGGGGGAAGGGUGCUGCCCCUUAAGUACCUGCAAGAGGUGCGCCAGCUAGCCCAGCGAUACGGCCUGCGGAUUCACAUGGAUGGCGCCAGGGUGCUUAACGCUGCCGUGGCCUUGGGAGUGCCACCAGCUCAUAUCUCCCAGCACUGCAACUCCAUCUCCCUGUGCCUCUCUAAGGGCGUGGGAGCACCAGCCGGGGCACUUCUUGUCGGAAGCGGAGAGCUGAUCGCCGAAGCCUGGCGCGUGCGGAAGCUCCUCGGAGGCGGGAUGCGCCAGGCAGGGGUCCUGGCAGCCGCUGGCCUGGUUGGAUUGAGCCAUGUGGAGGAGACGCUGAAGAGGGAUCAUCACAAUGCCAGACACUUUGCCCAAGGUGCCUUUGCCCUGGGCUCGCCUCUCUGCUCCGUACGUCCUGCCACUGUGGAGACCAACAUCGUCAUGGCGACCGUCUCGGCUCCCGGGCUGACCCCUGCCAAGCUCUGUGAGCUGAUGGAGGCGGUGAGUGAGGAGGAGGUGGCCGCCACAGGCCAAGCCGUCAGCGUGAGGCUCUUCCCGUGGGGCGAGCGUUGCCUGCGCGCCGUCUGGCACUGCGACGUCUCCCUCCGUGACACGCAGCUGGCUGAGGGCAAGUGGCGCUUCGUCCUGGGCAAGUGGGAGCAGCAAAGCGCCGGCAUACCCUGAAGCCAGUCUGGCGGGUCGGAAGCUAAGUUUGUGCACAGGAGGUCAGCCUGAAACAAGCCAGGACGUGCUGAGAAGGCAAGCCUGUGAUUGCUCAGCCCUGGCCUAGCUAAAGACGUGGCCCACAUGGCUCCACAGAGGAGAGAAAUGGGCUUCAGCUUCCCAACCCACCUGCUAUGGGGGAACAGCAGUGGGAGAGCCUGCCUGUUUCCAGCAGCUGCUCUGGCAGCCAACAGAUUCUGUUGCCAGACCAAAGGAGCUGCGCCACUUCAUGGCCUGGCACAGCCCCCUUCAGGAAACAGUCCCAACAAUGGGGAGGGAGCAUUGUUUCCCAGGGAUGCUCUGCUCCUGUUCUGUUCAGGCUAAGGGAUACCUGCCCGCUAAGAACCGUAGCUUUAAGAAAAGGAGCCAGAGCUUGCUUUUUUAUUUUUCCUCCUCCCUCCUAUUCCCUUUUUCCUUGUGUGCCAUGUCUUUUCGAUUAUAACACUGAGGGCAAGGGCUGCCUUACUACUGAUUUCUGUAAGCUGCUCUGGGAGCAUUUUUCCAGCUGUAGGAGAAGGAUAGAAAUCCUUUGACUAAAUAAAUGGCACCUCUUCCUACCAGAGCCCUUUUAAUUCAAGAGGCCCCGGAUGCAACGAGGAGGACAAGCAGAUGGGCAUGCUUGGAAGGGAAGGAGCAUCAGCUAUGCAUGCCAAGAAACAGGGAGAAGGAGCCAUGGAUCCUUCAGUUGUUGAGUUAGGACAGGGAUGGGGAACUGGUCCAAAUGUUGCUGGACUACAACUCCCAUCACCCCAGGCCCAUUGGCCAUGCUGGCUGGGGCUGAUGGAGAUCGGAGUCCAGAAACAUCUGGGUGGAUCACACAGGCCUCCUACCCUUGGGUGAGGAACAAGGCAUUUGCUGUUUCCCUUCCUCAGCUCUGCUUGCACACCAAGAGUUAUGAGCCCAGCAUGUAAGGAUGGCAACCACUGCACCUUAUCAAUUGGGGUCCCUCACCCCUUCCACAUGCAUCCCUCAGCCUGGCACACCCACAAGGAGAUCUUCCCACUGGCUUCAUAACACCUUGCCCUCCACGCAGGUUAUGUGUUGUCGCUGCACAACAAGAGGGGGAUCGGCAGUGGUGGAAUUUUCACCCCAAGAAGCCCAAUCGAGCAGAGUAGGGUUAUUUCACAGCCCUGAGAAUGCCGGGCCUCUGCAUCAGAUGAUCACCGCGCAGGCAUCCGGCUUCAGGCGGAGCCCCUGAGCACCCAGGAGAAGCAGGAUGCCGGCCAACCCCUCGGUGCCAAAAGAUAGCCAGGCAAGGGCCAGGGACCAGCCAAAGGCGAUGCGGACGUGCUCGAAGCGCUGCUGGUCAAACAUACGCACUGUCUCGGCGAAGGCUGCGCUGGAGUAGCAGAUGUAGGUGCUGGUCCCCGACAGGGUCAGCAGUGCUGGGGAGAGGGGGAAAGGGGACGGAUCAGUGCCAGUCCUGUAGCAGACACUGCCUCCGACCAGGGCUCACGACAUGCUGCUCCUAACCAUGAUAACUAAAAGGACCAUUCCUUAGUCAGAGGCAGUAGGGUAAAUAUUAUUGUUGUGAAUCAUCACCACAAUUAAAAUACAGCGGUGCCUCGACUUACGAAUUUAAUCCGUUCCGAAGGCACGUUCGCAGGUCGAAAAAUUCGUAAGUUGAAAAGCGCCAUUGGAAACGCAAUUUCCCAUAGGAAUGCAUUGGAAACCGGGAAAUUCAUAAGUCAAAGCAACCCCACCUAAAAAUUCGUAAGUCGAAAAAACCCUAUCUAAAACCGCCGCGGUUUCCAUUCGGAUGUCGAAAAAAUCGUAAGCGUGCGGCCAUUUGCCCCAUCGGUAAGUCGGAAAAUUCGGUUGCCGAGUCGUUCGUAAGUCGAGGUACCACUGUAGCUGGAUUUAUUCAUAUGAUGGGUGCUCCGAAUAAUAUUGAAUGAUACAGUAUUCUCAUUACAGGUAGGUAGCCGUGUUGGUCUGACGUAAUCGAAACAAAAAAAUAAAAAAAUCCUUCCAGUAGCACCUUA